AUGUUGAGUUCAUUCAGUAGAGUUUCACGAAUUGCACACAGCGCUGGUUUGAGAUUGGCUUCUACGCAGGCACUUUCAAAGGCCGCCAUUGGUGAUUUAGCAAGCAGAUGGGAGAGCAUGCCACCUGCAGAGCAAAACGAUAUUGUUACAAAGCUUUCAGAGCGUCAAAAACUAGCAUGGAAGGAUUUAUCGGAUUCUGAAAAGCAAGCAGCUUGGUAUAUCUCUUACGGUGAGUGGGGACCAAGAAGACCAGUUCAUGCCAAGGGUGAUGGUAGUUACAUCUUAAAAGGUGUGGUUGUUGGCUUGGUCUUUUCCUUUGGACUCUUUGCCUUUUCUAGACAAUUUGCCCAAGAUGCACCAAUUACAAUGAACAAGGAAUGGCAAUUAAAGUCUGACGAGUAUUUGAAAUCGAAGAAUGCUAAUCCAUGGGGUGGCUACUCUCAAGUUCAAUCGAAAUGA